CUGUACAUCCUUGACUCCUGGACCUAGCUGUGAUCGGUUUAAGCUGCAUAUCCCUUAUGCUGGAGAAACACUCAAAUGGGAUAUAAUUUUCAAUGCUCACUAUCCUGACCUGCCACCAGAUUUUAUCUUUGGAGAGGAUGCUGAAUUUUUGCCAGAUCCUUCUGCCUUGCAUAAUUUAGCUUCUUGGAAUCCUUCAAACCCUGAAUGUCUCCUCCUUGUUGUGAAAGAGCUUGUGCAGCAGUAUCACCAAUUUCAGUGCAGCCGAUUACGUGAGAGCUCUCGUCUCAUGUUUGAAUAUCAGACUUUACUUGAAGAGCCCCAGUAUGGAGAAAACAUGGAAAUCUAUGCUGGCAAGAAAAACAACUGGACUGGAGAAUUCUCAGCUCGCUUCCUCUUGAAGUUGCCUGUAGAUUUCAGUAACAUUCCUACGUACCUUCUCAAG